AUGGCGGAGGGGCAGAUGAACGAACAGCCUCUCCAUCCUCGUCGCAGACGUCAAGACCCAUCUGUCAAUGGACAGCUUCAAGACCCAGAAGUACGCGGCGUUGACAUAUCUGGGGACAGCAACUAUCAGGACUCUGAUCAUACCAGCAACACACAGCGAGCCCUGACGGGACGAAUUGGCAGUGGUACAGCACUCACGGCCGCGCACCCUUCACCUACCCGAAACUCAGACGUACACGAUGCAUUCCAGCGCCGGAGCUCGAGUUCAAGGCUCCACCAACCUGGCAUGGCUGCAGCAUUCUCAGCGUCUCAAGAGACAUCUGCUCCAGAUGGAUCGGCCUCACGAAACGCGCAACCGCUUGCGCUGCCUAACAACCAAGUGCCCUCCCCAGUUCUCCCUCGAUCGAUUCCUUUGAGUGGCAUCGACCCUUCGGACGGUCCACGUUUCUCCACCCGCCGAUCCAGUCACAUUCUCGCCAACCCCGCUGCACAGCGGCAGGAUGUGCCGCAGCAUGCACCGCAGUUUUUCGAUGCGCAGAGGUAUCCUCCGCCAGCUCAUCCAUACCUGGCCCCGGAGCUGCGCCUGCGCAGUCGUCCUGACCCUGAUCGUGCGACCAUUCGCUGCAGCUCCAGGCCUGAGCUUCAGAGGAGUGAAGAGCCUCACCGUUCCACUGCCACGCCUCCUCCAAACCCCGACACUACUCGACUCCUGCGCGCAUUCGAGGACCGACGACGUUCCACCGCAAUGGCUAGAGAUGCAUCAUCCAUCAUCAUCCUGGCCCCAACUCCGCCCAGUUCGCGUCGAUUUCAACCGUCUUCGCCUCUCGCUAGAACUGCGACAGCAGCCAUCCCGGACACAACUGGUCCCAUCCUACGACAGUCCGGGGUAUUUCAGCGUCCCGACUCUCCGGGCUAUCAAGAGCGUCGUCGCAGACAUCGCGAGCGCGCUGCAGCAGAAGAGGCUUCUGCAUUUCUUCGUUCCCUCGCCAACGGUGAUGAUCUGGGUCCGACUCCGAUUGAUCCUCAACUCCAGCAGCGGCGUCGUAGACGUUGGGAAAGGGCCGCGGCUGAGCUUGGUCCCGGGCGUGAGGAUAACAUGAUGGCAGAUCUUGAGCUGGACCCGCUUCCCAACGGGCCUCAAGCCCAGCGGCGCCGGGAUCAUGCUGCACCUCUGGGCAAUGCUGCAGACGCGCUUCCCAACAGGGCACAAGUCCAGCAGCAUCGCAGACUUCGCCAGCCCGAUGCGGUGUACAGGCGGGGCAUGAAUUUCGGCGGCAUCAUCGCCUCCCUCCCGAUCGUCUACAUCGCCCCAUCUCAACCGUCACAGUCCAUCACGGUCACCGAGAAUUCACCUGCCCGUCCGACUCCCGCGCAAGUCGUUCUUGCUCGCCGUCAGGAAGCCAUGGCGGCUGAUUGUCCCAUCUGUUGUUAA